AUGGAUAUUGAAAGCAGUUGUUACAAUGGGUUAGAAACCGAUAAACUGUUCUUCAAGAAGCUAACUGCAGCCUCCAACAACGACGACGUUGAAGGACAUACACCCAUGUUGUUGGCCUACAAUGAUCAUGAUCGUAUCCGACACAUGCGGAAUUUCCUACGUGUCUACCCUUUAACUAAACCCAGAGACGAUGAGAAAUCCAUGAUCAUGAAGAAGAAGAAUUACUUGCAUAAAAAGAUUUCAACGUUUGUUUCUUUGUUGUCGUGGACAAUAAGGACGAUAAAGUCUGAUUAA